UGGGUCGGGCCGCAGCGCGCCGCGCCGCCAGCACCAUGUGGGGCCACGUCCGUGUCUGGGGCGGUAGCCCCUGCGGCCUCGCUGUGCGGUUCCUCGCCGGGCCAGCGAGCGGCUGGGAGGCGGCGGGGCGAGCACGACUGGAGGAGGGGACUCGCAGCCAGAGAGGUGUGUGCGAGGAGCAAAGACUUUGUGUGUCAUCUAGGAAAACACAGAAGCUCUUCAGCACAAGCAGCACACUUUCUGCUGAGAAAGAUGAAUCUGCCCCUUCCAAAGGCAGCAUCUCUGAAGCUGUGUCAAAGAGUCAGGAGACUACAGCAGAAACACCUAAACAGAAGUUAUUAGACCUUAUUGGAAAUAUGAAAGUAGAAGUGAGCUACAGGAAGAAACUUCAACAGUUAAAAACACGCAAGCAAGCCACAGAGAACCUGGAAGGCCCAGCCAGUGAGGGCACUGUCCUUCAGAAAGUUACAGAUGUCCAGCGAGGCAAACCUUUAAAUCCAGAACUGGUGGAGGCUGCUUCUGCAGUUGCAUCUUCCCUACCACUCAACAAGAAACAGACAGUAUCAGAACUACUUGCACAACUAAGACGACAUGAAGAAACCACAGAUAAACAGAAAAAGGGGGAAACUGUUAACUUACGCAACGUUAUUUCAGAAAUGGCAGUGAAAAGGCAGUCCCCAGCUCAGAGAGGUGUGAGGAUAUCCAAUCGCAUUUCCCUGGAGUUGUAUGAGGAUGGUCAAAGAAUCAUGCCUGCACAGUCUUUUGACUCCAGAAGGAGUCUCAAAGUAGGAAAGAGGCUUAACAUAUUCACUAAGGCUUCUACAGAAACAGAACAGGCACUGAAAACAGUAUCUUCACCAACAAUUUGGGAUCUGGAAUUUGCAAAGGAGAUUGCAGCGGUAACGGCACAGCCUCCCCGAAAUGGUUUUGAAGAGAUGAUCCAGUGGACAAAAGAGGGAAUACUGUGGGAGUUCCCGAUUGACAAUGAAGCUGGGAUGGAGGAUGAUGCUGAAUUUCAUGAACAUAUCUUUCUGGAGAAACACAUCGAAGACUUUCCUAAGCAAGGACCUAUUCGUCACUUCAUGGAACUAGUCAUCUGUGGACUUUCAAAAAACCCAUACCUCAGUGUUAAACAGAAGAUUGAACAUAUUGAGUGGUUUCACAAGUAUUUUGAGGAAAAGAAGGAAUUCCUUCAAGAGAUCUGAGACCUGGGGAAGGUGCUUAACCUGGAAAUGAAGAAUCCUUGCAUCAAAAUUGAUGAUUUCCUAUAAUGGAAAUACUAUCAGUGCAUUGUAAUCAUGUGACCCAAAUGUUGUAUUUUAAAUAAUAAACAGAGAGGUGAUACUUUCA